CAUUGUCGCGAGGUCCUAGACACAGUUUAGCGACAGCAGUUCAAAAUGGCUCUGACCGUGGCUCCCACACAAAUAACGGCCUGCGUGGUACGGGACAUUCGCCACCCGACAUCCCUGGAGAAAGAUGGAUCGGACGCAAUGAAUGUGGCCCCUGACUACUCGGCGCCGUACGUGGUGUUGAGCACAGAUUCUCUGUUGGAGGGUCAUGGUUUUACCUUCACAGUCGGCAAGGGGAACGAGAUCGUGUGUCAUGCAAUCAAAGUUCUGAGCAAGUUCGUCGUUGGACUUAAGUUAUCUGCCAUCUUUGCCGACUUCGCCAGUUUCUGGAGGUCACUGACGAGUGAGGACCAGAUGAGAUGGCUGGGUCCAGAGAAAGGAGUCAUGCAUCUUGCUGUGGCGGCCAUUACCAAUGCAGUCUGGGAUCUGUGGGCCAAGAUGGAGGGCAAGCCCAUGUGGAAGUUACUGGUGGAUAUGGAACCUGAGAAGCUGGUGUCAACCAUUGACUUCCGUUAUCUAACUGAUGGGAUGACGAGGGAGGAGGCCAUAGCUGUCCUCAAAGAGAUGCAAGCCGGGAAAAAGGAAAGAGAGGCUGAUGUCAUCGCGAAGGGAUUCCCCGCAUACACCACUUCCUGCGGCUGGCUCGGCUAUGAUGAUGUCAAACUCAGAAGGCUGUGUAAAGAAGCGCUGGCACAGGGAUUCACCAAAUUCAAGGCCAAGGUCGGCACUGACCUUGAGGAUGACAUCAGACGUCUCCGCAUCAUCCGUGAGGAAAUCGGCCCAGACCAUCUGCUGAUGGUUGAUGCCAACCAGAAGUGGGAGGUUCAGGAGGCCAUUGACUGGAUGAAGCAGAUAGCUCAGUUCAACCUCACCUGGAUCGAGGAGCCCACAAGUCCCGAUGAUGUCCUAGGUCAUGCGGAGAUUGCCAGGGCUCUGAACCCCCUCGGCAUAGGCGUGGCAACCGGGGAGCAGUGCCAGAACAGGGUCAUGUUCAAACAGUUCCUCAAGGCCAAGGCUCUCCAGUUCUGUCAGAUUGACGCAUGUCGUCUUGGAGGAGUCAGCGAGAACGUGGCCGUCAUCCUCAUGGCCAAGAAACUGGGAAACAUCCCGAUCUGUCCUCACGGUGGAGGAGUGGGUCUGUGUGAGUUUGUACAGCAUCUCUCCAUUUUUGACUACAUCGCCGUUUCGGGCACCUAUGACAACAGAGUGACAGAGUAUGUUGAUCAUCUUCAUGAGAACUUCAAGAACCCCUGCAUUGUAAAGAAUGGGAGAUAUGUUGUCCCUAAGGCUCCGGGCUACAGUGCCGAUAUGCUGGAAUCCUCCCUGGACAAGUUUGAGUACCCUACAGGAGCUGAGUGGAAGAGGCUGAUAGCAGAGGGGGUGUACAGUGCAGAGUAGGGGUGUACAGUGCAGAGUAGGGGUGUACAGUACAGAGUAGAGGUGUGGUGUGAGUAGGGGUGUACAGUGCAGAGUAGGGGUGUGGUUUGAGUAGGGGUGUACAGUGCAGAGUAGGGGUGUGGUGUGAGUAGGGGUGUACAGUGCAGAGUAGGGGUGUACAGUGCAGAGUAGGGGUGUACAGUGCAGAGUAGGGGUGUGGUGUGAGUAGGGGUGUACAGUGCAGAGUAGGGGUGUACAGUGCAGAGUAGGGGUGUACAGUGCAGAGUAGGGGUGUGGUGUGAGUAGGGGUGUACAGUGCAGAGUAGGGGUGUGGUGUGAGUAGGGGUGUACAGUGCAGCGUAGGGGUGUGGUGUGAGUAGGGGUGUACAGUGCAGAGUAGGGGUGUACAGUGCAGAGUAGGGGUGUACAGUGCAGAGUAGGGGUGUGGUGUGAGUAGGGGUGUACAGUGCAGAGUAGGGGUGUACAGUGCAGAGUAGGGGUGUACAGUGCAGAGUAGGGGUGUACAGUGCAGAGUAGGGGUGUGGUGUAAGUAGGGGUGUACAGUGCAGAGUAGGGGUGUACAGUGCAGCGUAGGGGUGUGCUGUGAGUAGGGGUGUACAGUGCAGAGUAGGGGUGUACAGUGCAGAGUAGGGGUGUGGUGUGAGUAGGGGUGUACAGUGCAGAGUAGGGGUGUACAGUGCAGCGUAGGGGUGUGCUGUGAGUAGGGGUGUACAGUGCAGAGUAGGGGUGUACAGUGCAGAGUAGGGGUGUACAGUGCAGAGUAGGGGUGUACAGUGCAGAGUAGGGGUGUGGUGUGAGUAGGGGUGUACAGUGCAGAGUAGGGGUGUACAGUGCAGAGUAGGGGUGUGGUGUGAGUAGGGGUGUACAGUGCAGAGUAGGGGUGUACAGUGCAGCGUAGGGGUGUGCUGUGAGUAGGGGUGUGGUGUGAGUAGGGGUGUACAGUGCAGAGUAGGGGUGUACAGUGCAGCGUAGGGGUGUGCUGUGAGUAGGGGUGUACAGUGCAGAGUAGGGGUGUACAGUGCAGAGUAG